AGCCUUCGGGUAGGAGGGUCUGACUGAUUAGAGACUCCUGACUCAGAAUCGACCAACAGCAAAAGUGGCACCACGAGCAAGAGGCAGGGCCAACAGCUCCUAGAGGACUCCCAUUGGUCGGAUGAGGCACCAAUUAUAUUCCGACCCGUUUCAUUGGUCCGAUAUGUAUAGCGGCGAAACAUUAAGGGAUGGGGCUUCACUAGGAAUGUCAAAGGUCCUACGAGGCGAGCUCGAGAAAGCCGGGAGCCUGUGGAAGAAGCUGCUGUGAGCGCGUCUACACUAGGCCACAACAACAUGCCCACCAAUGCCAGCCCCUUACAUCCAUAUUGGCCUCGCCAUCUGCAGCUGGAAAACUUCGUGCCCAAUGACCGCCCUACCUGGCAUAUCCUGGCAAGCCUCUUCUCUGUCUCUGGGGUCUUAGUUACAGCCACAUGGAUACUGUCAGGGCAUGUUGCAGUCGUUCCACUGGGAACUUGGCGGAGAUUGUCCAUGUGCUGGUUUGCCUUCUGUGGGUUCAUUCACAUGGUGAUUGAAGGCUGGUUCAGCCUCUAUCACAAGGAUCUUCUGGGAGACCAAGCCUUCUUGUCCCAAGUCUGGAAAGAAUAUUCCAAGGGAGACAGCCGCUACCUCCUAAAUGACAACUUCAUGAUCAGCAUGGAGACCAUCACAGCAUUCCUAUGGGGCCCACUCAGUCUCUGGGUGGUGAUUGCCUUUCUCCGCCAACAGUCCUUCCGUUUUGUCCUACAGCUUGUAAUCUCAAUGGGUCAGAUCUAUGGGGAUGUACUUUAUUUUAUGACUGAGUACUUUGAUGAAUUCCAGCAUGGAGAGGUGGGUCAUCCACUCUACUUCUGGUUUUAUUUUGUCUUCUUGAAUACCGUGUGGCUGGUGGUACCUGGGAUACUUGUGUUUGAUUCAGUGAGGCAGCUCUCCCAGGCCCAAAGCAUGCUGGAUGCCAAGACUGCAAGAACCAAGAGGAAGCAGAACUAAUGAGUAGUGGACUGGUCUUGCACAGUGACUGAGAAAACUUCCUGAGGCCUGGAGUGAAAUCCUGUUUCUCUGGGUUGGAAGCACAAAACAAAUGGAUCUCUCAAACUCAGACUAAUGGAAGAGGAAAAAAGGGACCAAAGAUAGGUUGGGGGUACAGAAUGGAGCUCCCAAAGAAGCCAUUUGGGACAAAGAUCCAAGAGUUUAUCAGAAGUCCAUGAUGAUGGCAAUUUUUUAAAUCAGGAAAUAAAAACACCUU